AUGUCAGCUCCCAUCAGGCUUCGGAACGGGCGCCAACCGCGCGGCGGCCGCAGGCGCACCCAGCCCAGCGAUGCUUUACCCGUUGACACAGACUACACAUUGGCGCAGGUAGAGGCGCAUGCACGACGCGAAUUUCCCGAAGCCUUUGACGCCCUGCCGCCCGCGUCCAAUGAGUUCCUCGAUCAGACCAUCGAUCAGAAGGGAAGCCCCCAGCGAGUCAAAAUGGGAGUCAUCCGGCUCAAUGGUAUUGACUACGCCCUCAGCGCUUAUAUGCGCUUGCCUUACGAUAUAAGGUUCUCAUACGACGCAGGAAAAUGCCCUCUGCCAGACCACAUUAGAAAAUCCAAGCUCGACCACCCUUUCUGCUGUCCUCUGGCGACAUCCCGUCCGCCGGUCGAUGUAUACCCCGAGCUGGAGUCACUGGUUGCCUUCUAUAUGGUCAGGCAAGGAAUCAUUCCGAACUUCAGGGAUCAUGGCUGCCGCACUAGGCCCUCGCUGAGUGCUCUUCAGAGGGCCUGUAUGACGGUGUUGAAGUGCAAGCCUCAGGGAGAUCGCGCCCCGAUGGUUCCUGGCCAAGAUUCCCGCGCUGGAGAUGUUCGCACACCAGACGCUCCAGCUGAGCCCUCCCUCCCCGCGAGCUAUCCCGGCGCAGGAACUGAGGACUAA